UGGACAGCAUUAAAACCAUCCUCACCACACCACCAACCCCAUCACAUACUUUUCAAAUCUUCCCUCCAUUAAUCCCACUCAUCAUCCAUCACCUCUGGUCUACUAGUAUGCAUACUUGUACUUCUCUUUCCAUGGAUGAAUGUAUCUAGAAUUCUGUCUUCCUAAUUAAGCAGCUAUGGACUCCAUUUUUCACCUUGAGAAUGGUGAUCGCGCCGCCUUCCUCAAGCAAAUGAUGCAAGCUUUUGGGUGUGUCUACAUCUGCCUCAGGUGUUAUGUACCUCCACCAUACAACUGUUUGAAGGGGUUGGAUGGAAUCUUCCAUGAAACAAGCACAUCGCAUGGAAGCCUUGCUAGGCGCCUUUUUCAUGUAUAUCGAGAAUCAUCCACCUAUCCCGAUUCCGGGCUAAUCCCGGGGAUUGCUUUCGCGAGCAGUAAUCCCUACAUGAAGCUACAAUCGCAUGAAUUUCACGGCCUAGUUUCCAGUGAUUUCCAGCUUCAGUUCUACCAAGAAGCAGGAAUUAAGACGAUUGUUCUCAUGGGAUGCGCCACCGGAGAAAUUGAGCUUGGAAUGUCGUCAGAUAAUCCUCAGGUAGACGUGGAAACGGAGAUGAAAAACUUAAUCCGAAUCCAUUUCCCUCAUCACAAGGAUCCAAAUCAACCACCUUCAUCUUCUUCUUCAUCUCUGCUGUCACUCUCAGUCGACAGCCCCGAGUACCCGCCUUAUCUCUUCAACAUUCCCACCACCACCACCACCGCCGCCGCUGCCUUCCUCCCACAACAAACCCUCAUCUCCUCUUCAUCAAUUCCCCCGCACGACCAAACCAUACAGAUCCUCAGCCAAUUCCGGAACGCGCAGUUCCCCUCAAUCGAGAGCGAAGACGCCGCAAUGACGAAAGCCAUUCUAGCCGUGCUCUCCUCUCCUUCAACCUCCUCUACCUCUCAGCACAAACACAUUCCCACCGCAUUCAGAAGGUACCAAGCCAACUUGGCGCCGCGGUUCGCCUCCACGCCUCAGAACCAUAGCAGGUUCAAAAGAGCCGUUUCGUUUUUCAGAAAGCUGAGCCUCAGAAGCAGACAUGAAAUUCAAGGAAACCAGCCCACCGCUACGCAGCUGCACCACAUGAUCUCCGAGAGAAAGCGCCGCGAGAAGCUCAACGACAGCUUCCAGAUACUCAGAUCCUUCCUCCCUCCUGGAUCCAAGAAGGAUAAGGCGUCUGUGCUGAGCAGCACCACCGAGUAUCUGAGCUCGUUGAAGUCCCAGGUGGCGGAGCUGGCCAAGCGGAAUCUGCUUCUUGAAUCGCAGAUUAACUCCAUACAGAAAUCAGAAAGUGGCGCAGACGAAGCGGGGAGUUCUUCGUCCGGCGGCGGAAGGAUUAGUGUGGAGAUCGCGCAGGUUUCACUGUCGUCGUCGGAAGCAAGAUUCCUGGACUUGAGAGUGAGAGGAGAAUAUUCUAGCUUGUUGGAUUUGGUUGCUAGGCUGGUUGAGUUCUUGAGAGGGCAGCGCAGUGUGAGUUUGAGGUCGGUGGAAUCGAAUACGAGGAUGUUGGGAUCAGUUGCAGUUCACGCCGUCAUCAUGAGACUCGGAGUUGAGGGAGAUGAUGAAUUUGACGAGUCUGGUUUCCGAGAAGCUGUGAAAAGAGUUGUCGAAGACCAACAUAAUUGACAUUUUAGACCACUCGUGUCUCUUCCAUCACUUGUUAUAUAUAUAUGGACCACUUGCGCCACCGUUUCUUUCUUCCCAAUUUUAACCCAAUUUAAAUCAUUACUUUUCCCCAAUUUUGGUACCUACCUCCAAUUAAUCCCAUCACUGUAUAUUUACAAAUUGUAUUUUACGGUUUUAUAAAGAAAUUGCAAAUUUUGAGUC